ACGCGGCCGAUUUGUGGCUUGAACGGUGGCGCGCGCUUCCUUUGCAGAUCAGCUGACUUUGGCUAUGCGGAAGAAGUCAAUUAGAAACGUUAGCUGCCGAGAAAACGGGUUUUUAAACAAAACGUUACAGUCCAAAGUAUAAACCAGAGGAAGGGUUAUUUUAAGUAGGUUUUUAGCAGGUUUGCUGUUGAUAUUUGGCACGUUGUGAGCUGUCAGAGAGGUGGAAUGGCACACAGCGAGACUGGGGCUGUAGUGACUGGAACUCAGGUGUCCUAUAUUGGACAUGAUUGUGAGCUCAUCCCAGAGUUUCUUGCAGCUAAUUAUGGGAGUCUUGCAAAACGACUAGAUCUUAGCUUCAACCAACUCAGGUCACUGACAGGCCUGAAAGCAUUCAGCCAACUGGAAGAGCUGAUUGUGGACAACAAUCUUCUUGGAAAUGACCUCCGGUUGCCCAGGUUACCGCAGCUCCAUACCCUAACACUCAAUAAGAACCAACUCUCAGACAUUGAGGCCUUGCUUGAGCAUUUGCAGGAAGUGACACCAGCUCUAGAGUACCUGAGCCUGCUGGGAAAUGAGGCCUGUCCAAAUCAGCUGGUCAGCCUGGAUAAAGAUGAGGAUGAUUACCAGAGAUACAGGUACUUUGUGCUGCAUAAACUGAGGAACUUGAAGUUUUUGGACAGCAGGAGAGUGACUCCGUCUGAACAUCUGGAGGCACAGUCCCGCGGCGCCUUCAUGAAGGUGGUCAAGCCCAAAACUGAGCAGGACGUACGUGAUCACAGAUCAGACACCGCUUCUAUGCCUUAUACUCCUCUACCAAGAUCCAAAGAUGCAAAAAACCCCAAAGGAGUGUUUGCUAAGUGCCGUUACAUCUACUAUGGCAAGCAUUCAGAGGGCAACCGCUUCAUCCGCAAUGACCAGCUCUGAUGAACAGACGGACGGGCCGGGACGUGCAGCGGAGCUUUAUAAAGAUGUCUUCUCGUGUGUCUUUAUUAAUAUCCACAUCACCACAUGCAUUUUAAGCAGCUGAACACAGCCCUCUAGUGCCUUCUGCUGAGUGCGCCAUCCCUGCCACCUCUCAUCUCUCUCUCUCUGCCUGAGCCGUGCCACUCACACUGACAUCAUUGCCUUUAAGCAGCCUACACACACACACACACACACACACACACACACACACACACACACACACACACACAUCCAAGUGACUGUGUUGACAGCUACUGCUUCAUGAUGGAUUGCCUGAUCCAACUGCUACACUCUGCGGGUCAAAGGUCACACCUGAGGCUGCAGUGUGCCCAUGAGGACACACAGGAUGAGCCCUCCUCAAAGUCAAAGCUAAAGUUAAACACACAGAAAUACACAUGUGCACACACAUACACACACACACACACACACACACACACACUGUUCAUUCCACAUUCACAUCAGUCUGUUUCUGUUUAUACAAAAACACAGCAUUGUGUAAGACUUUAUACACUUCUGUACUUUCUUUUGGAAAAAAAAAUCUUCUAAACUCAGGAAGUACAUACAGCGAUAAUCUUUAAUUGCUUCUCACCAGUCACUGUUAAUAUUGUUUGAAAACGUUACUCAAAUAAUUUGUUCUAAGCAAGUGUAACUAUACCAGCAAAAAACAUUUGAUGAACAUGUAAUCGUACAUUUCUGACUUUUUAUUGCCAGAUGAAGGGCAUUUACAGGCACCUUGCACUGUGGCCUUGCAUGUGGUCAUGUGUACGUGUGUGUAUGAGUGUGUGAGCGUGCAUUUGUGUGUGUGUUUGUGUGUGUGCGUGUGUGCGUAUGUGUUGUGUGAAGUUGGUGUGUUGCGGGGGCAGAUGUUUCCGUGCAGGAGCCUGGAGGAGCUGGGAAAGUGCGUGGUAAUGAGCUUUGCUCUCGUUGCUUGGGUCCAGGAGAGGAAAAAAAGAGACAGGCGAGACAGAGCAGCAGGACUGAGGGGAGGGAGAGAAGUCAACAACUUCUUCCAUUCCUCCUCUUAUUGCCUCCUCAUGUGAUAUGCACACUAUUUUAAUGACUUGCUCUGUAACUUUUGUUUAUGAAAAAAAAAACCUGAAGAGCUUUUGCUGCAUUUCAGUAACUGGGUUUCUGCAAAUGGUCUCAACAUUUACUGGAAGAUUUGAUACAUUAAAGAUUAAAUAUUGGAUGCUUUCAUUCAUCUUCAUUCAAAUAUUUUCUAAUCAUUUGUUUUGUCUUUUGAAUAUAGUGUUAUAUUGCAUCUUAAAGAGUGAGCUCUCAGAAAGUAACAUGUGUAAUUCCAUGUGAUGUAAACAACAGUAACCAAAGAUUUUCUGUUCAUUUAUUUGAAUGAUCUCACAUCUGUCUGUCUGUCUGUCUGUCUGUCUGUCUGUCCAUCCUUCCGUCCGUCUGUCUGUCCGUCUGUGUGAUGUGUCUAUGUGAUGAUUCCCUGAUGGACCAGGGCGGACUUUGGUGUCCUGUCGACAUGGACAGUGUGUUUAACGUUCUCCAGUGCAGCAAGGCAGGUGGAUUUGGAAGUGAAAGAGAGCGUAUGAAGGCAGAGCACAUUGCUCUCCAUCCUCUGCUUGCUCUCAGGAAAAGUCCACACAUCACCCAGAGAAAUGCUGCUUGUGAUUGUGGGUCAGAUGCUUUGUGUAUAUGUGCCUUUGUGUUUGUUAUUCCGAGUGUAUGUGGAUGCAUAAUGUGCAUAUUGUUGAGAUUGUGUUUACACAAUGGUUUUUGUAA